CUGGCCUGCUGCCCCCUGCGACAUUUCCAGUUUUCGAUAAUGCAUCACAUAUCUGCUCCCCCGGGACCCCCAGGGCCCCCGUGAUCCGGAAGAAGACAGCUUGAACCUAGGCCUCAGCCCAGGAUGCUGCGGCGGCUGCUGGAGCGGCCCUGCACGCUGGCCCUGCUCGUGGGCUCCCAGCUGGCCGUCAUGGUGUACCUGUCACUCGGGGGCUUCCGAAGCCUCGGUGCCCUGUUUGGCCGAGAGCAGGGGCCCGCAUUUGACUAUUCUCACCCCCACGACGUCUACAGCAACCUCAGCCGCCUGCCAGGGGCCCCUGCUGUGGCCCCGGGUGGCCCCCUGGCUCCUCAAGGUCUGCCGUACUGCCCAGAGCGGUCUCCUUUCUUAGUGGGUCCUGUGUCUGUGUCCUUCAGCCCAGUGCCAUCGCUGGCAGAGAUUGUGGAGAGGAACCCCCAGGUGGAAGCGGGGGGCCGGUACCGCCCUGCAGGGUGCGAACCCCGCUCCCGGACAGCCGUCAUCGUGCCACACCGGGGCCGCGAGCACCACCUGCGUCUGCUGCUCUACCACCUGCACCCCUUCCUGCAGCGCCAGCAGCUUGCUUACGGCAUCUACGUCAUCCACCAGCGCCUCUCCAUGCCACCGACAGGGAGGCCCUCCCGCGCUCUCUUUCAGGCUGGAAAUGGAACUUUUAACCGGGCAAAGCUGCUGAACGUGGGGGUCCGGGAGGCCCUGCGUGACGAAGAGUGGGACUGCCUGUUCUUGCACGACGUGGACCUCCUGCCAGAGAACGACCACAAUCUGUACGUGUGCGACCCCCGCGGGCCCCGGCAUGUGGCUGUCGCCAUGAACAAGUUUGGAUACAGCCUCCCAUACCCCCAAUACUUUGGAGGGGUCUCAGCGCUCACUCCUGACCAGUACCUGAAGAUGAACGGCUUCCCUAAUGAAUACUGGGGCUGGGGUGGUGAGGAUGAUGACAUUGCUACCAGGGUGCGGCUGGCCGGCAUGAAGAUCUCUCGCCCCCCCACAUCUGUGGGGCACUAUAAGAUGGUGAAGCACCGAGGAGACAAGGGCAACGAGGAAAACCCGCACAGAUUUGACCUCCUGAUCCGUACCCAGAAUUCCUGGACACAAGAUGGGAUGAAUUCACUGACAUACCGAUUGCUGGCUCGAGAGUUGGGCCCUCUCUAUACCAAUGUCACAGCAGACAUUGGAACUGACCCCCGGGGCCCCCGGAUUCCCUCUGGCCCCCGUUACCCACCUGGCUCCUCCCAGGCAUUCCGCCAAGAGAUGCUGCAGCGCAGGCCGCCAGCCAGGCUGGGCCCUCUGCCCACUGCCAACCACACAGCCCCACACGGCCCACACUGACGCCUCCUUCCUGCCUACCUUUAGUCAUGAAACUGAUCCAGAGGGGUUCUGUUCUCCCUCCCUCAGCUCCCCACUGCUCUCAGAGGGACCGGGGGAGCCACUUCGCUGGGCCGGGGCCUCUCACUCUAGACCUGGGGGCCCUCUGUCCAGGGGCACCUGCCAGGAUUAUGACUGUGAAUCUCUGGCAUCAUGAUUGUAUGUGGUGACUCCUGGGAGCGCCGCCCCUGCAGUGGGAGCAGGGCUGGACCCAAGUCCCUUCCUCUUCCAUGGAGAGGAGUGACCUAGCCCCUCCCGGGACCUCUGUGAAUAUUUAUUCUAUUUAUGGUCCCAGGGUGGGUACGGUGACGUGGGCCCCUCCCUGGACACCCUGCCAGGGCUGGAGCAGCCCCCCUCUGGCUCUGGCUCUGGCUCGGGGCUGGAUUUUGAUAUAUUUUCUAAUAAAGGACUCAGUCUUG